GGCCGGCGCGGGAGCGCGAUGCGCGCGGGCGGGGAGGCGCCGCACCAGGUGCUGGGCCGGCUGCGGUUCCUGCUGCAGUGCAGCGAGUGCUUCCGCCGCGCCCGGGCGCUGCCCGCCGCGCUCUGCUACGUGCCGCGGGAGGUGCAGUACAAGAUCUGCAAGGACCCCGCGGCCGCCGCCGCCGCGGCCGCCGCCCGCAGCCUGCUCAGCGUCUGGGACAGCCCGGGGCCGGCGCGGGGCGGCAAGCGGGCGGCGCGGGCCACCAUCGAGGUGCGGAAGGGCGGCUGCCUCCGCGCCACCGGCGAGGAGUACUGCAACGGCGCCGGGCUCUGGGUGAAGCUCAGCAAGGAGCAGCUAGAAGAGCACAAGGGCUGCCAUGACCUGGAAGAGGGCUGGCUCCUGGCACAGAGAUUUGGAGAGGGAGGAGAUAAGCUGGUCCCAGUUGAGUCUGUGGAGAGGAUCCAAUGGCAGCAGCAAAUGUUCGGGGUUGAUUAUAAACCUGCGGUCAGCUGGGAGCAAGUGGUGGAUCUGACAUACUCCAUGCGGCUCGGAGGGAAACCCAGGCUUGUGGAGCAGGAUGAGGCUGCAGUGCAGAAGUUUCGGUCCCUGCCACCGUCCUGGAGCUAUGAGUGUGACACGGAGCUGGCGCGCUUCCUCUAUGAUCGCAGAGAGAGGGAGCUGGAGAGACUUGACUGCAUCAAGGAACACAUCAACAGCCUCGAGGUUUCCUCGGAGGUCUUCAAUGCAUCCCAUCUGACGGACGGACGGACAGACACCUUCUGGGAGAGUGAUGGGCCCCUGGGGGAGCAGUGGGUGCGGCUCAACAUGAAGAAAGGCUCCGUUGUCAAGAAGCUGUGGCUGGUGCUAGCGUCGCAGGUCACAUCCUUCAUACCCAGACGGGUGGCCGUGUAUGGUGGGGAACUGAACAGGCUGCAUCAUCUGCGAAGUGUCUUAAUCAGCGAGAGCAGCUUCCAUGACGUGUGCAUUCUCCGUGACAUGAAAACCUACCUGCCGGUCCUGGAGAUCCGCUUUCUGGAGUGCCGGGAGGGCGGGUGCAACGUUCGCCUGCAAGGGAUUAAGAUCAAGUCCGUCUGGGAGUGGGACAUGGUCCUCAAUGCGGACAUGUUCCAGCCGGCCAGGCUGGUGCGGUAUCCCCUCCUGGAAAGGGUGGAAGCAGACACGUUGUACCGGCGGGCUGUGCUCAUUCAGAGGUUCGUCACCCUCCUGGACAGUGUCCUGCAUUAUCUGAUCCCCAUCUCGGACCAGAGCAUCGGUACCUUCAGCAUGCUCAGGAGCAUCAAGCCGUUCCUGCUGCUGUCCAAGCAUUGCACAGCCCUCAUUGCCCAGUGCCUGCAGGCCUCGCAGAGCCCCGCACCACAAACCUCACCAAAGCUGUACCUCAACCGGUACCUGGCCCGGGAGCACCGCGCCAACCCUGCGCUUGACCCCCGCUGCAAGAACGCUGUCUUCACCCAGGUGUAUGAAGGCCUCAGAGCUUCAGGCAAGACUGAGCAGCCCAUGGAUUAUAGGUGGCCCCUGAGCUACAGCCAGUGGUGGGAGUGCGAGUUCAUCACAGAGGGCAUCGUGGACAACGGUGGAGGCUUUCGGGACAGCCUGGCCGAUGUGUCGGAGGAGCUGUGUCCCAGCUCGAGCGACGUCGCCGUGCCCCUACCCUUCUUUGUGCGCACAUCCAACCAGGGUAACGGUGCUGAUGACACCAGGGACAUGUAUGUCCCCAACCCCUCCUGCAGGGACUUCCCCAAGUAUGAGUGGAUUGGGCAGCUCAUGGGAGCAACUUUAAGGGGCAAGGAGUUUCUGGUCCUGUCUCUGCCAGGCUUGGUGUGGAAACAGCUGGCAGGGGAGGAGGUCAGCUGGAGCAAGGACUUUGCUGCUGUGGACUCGGAGCUGGUGAAGCUCCUGGAGGUGCUGCAGGCAGUUGACAGGGAGGCCUUUGACUUCAUGUUCGGCAGAGAGCUGACCUACACGACGGUGCUAAGUGACCAGCGCGUGAUGGAGCUGAUCCCCAAUGGCAGCAGCACUGUGGUACGCUACGAGGACCGUGAGGAGUUCAUUCGCCUGGUGCAGAAGGCUCGGCUGGAGGAGAGCAAGGAACAGAUUGCAGCCAUGCGAGCUGGGCUGCUCCGCGUGGUGCCCCAGGCUGUGCUGGACCUCCUGACCUGGCAGCAGCUGGAGAGGAAGAUCUGCGGGGAGCCCGAGAUCACAGUGGCCGAGCUGAGGAGGUUCAUGACGUUUGAGGACUUUCCUCAGGACGACUCCCGUGUCCAGAUGUUUUUGGAGGCGCUCAACAACUUCACCAGGGAGGAUCUCAGCCGCUUCCUCAAGUUUGUCACUGGCCGGAGCCGCCUCCCGGUUCAGAUCACCGUCUACCCGGACAGGACAAACUCCGAAGCAGUGGACCUGAUGCCAGAGGCCUCCACCUGCUCCUGCACCUUCUUCUUGCCCACGUACUCCUCGGCCAAGGCCUGCGAGGAGCUGCUGCGUUACGCCGUCUACAACUGCGUGUCCAUCGACACGGACAAGAACAUCUGGGACGAGUGAGAGCCCCGGGGGGCCCGCCGGCACCGGGAGCUGCUCUGCCGGCCAAGAGGAGCCGUCUGCCCCCGGGGACACCGGCCUCAAUAAAACUGCAGGUCGGAGGCCCCGUUACCUCCAUCCAGCCA